GGUUUGGGCAGUGGGCUCAGUCUGAGCUGUAAGGGAGGUGACAGACACCCAUUCUGUUCUCUGCAUUGUGUUUUCUUCACGUUUGGAUGGACACCAUGAUGAAAGGAGAAGAUUCAGAGGAAGUAGAGAUUGACUUGGAGGACUCCAGUGACCCUGAAGAAUAUGAUAACGGGACAGAACCUGAAAUGCUCUGGAGGGCCCCUCCUGCUCUGGAAGACGAGGAAAACAUUCAUACGUCUACGCUAGUGGAAAUCAGUGACACCAAGCCUUUGAUUAAUGUCAGAGACCCCAGAGGUAUCAACGACUGCCUCAAGGUAACGUUUGAGGAUGUCAUUGCUGAGCCAGUGUCAGUGCGCAGCGGGGACAGAGUGUGGAUCUGGAGUCAUGCCUUGUUUGAGGUGUCUAGGGUUUGGAUCUACAGGAUAGUCACAGUGCUUCUGGCUAUUCCUGUGUCAGUUAUCUCCGGUCUCCUCUUCGCCAUCCUUAGCUGCUUUCACAUCUGGAUGGUUGGUCCUUGUGUCCAGUGUGUCUCUAUUGGCACACGCUGGCUGCAGAGCCUGUGGAACGUUGUGCUGAGCAUCAUUGUGCGUCCCUUACUCUUGAGUGCUGGGAAAUGCUGUGGAGGCUUCAGCGUUCACCUGGCCAAAGAAUAAGACUCACCCAUCGAUACCGGGAUUGUUUGUUAUGUGCACAUGUACACUGAUGUUCGGGUGGACUGAGCCCAAGUGGGCAUUGAUAUUUGAUUCUUUAAUAUUUAAUUCAAAUGUUUGUAACUACAUAUUUUCUACAGUUAGGAAGAAGUCCAACAGUAUCUGCUUGUCAUUGUUAAUGAUUAUAAAAGAUUUCACAAUUUGUUAUGCAUUUAGAUAGAUAAAAUAUUUAGCUCUAUUGAAAAGAGGAACCACUUAUAUUAAAUGUAUUCUUACGGAAAUCUGAGAUUAAGUGAAGGGCCAGUGGGAGAUUUUUUUAUGCUAUGUGUGAGUUAGUAAACAGGAUCUACGUCUAAGACCUAUAAAGCCAUUACAGUUCUAACUGUCGGUCAGUCAUGGUUUUAUUCAUGC